CCAAUCAAUGAAUGAUUGUGUACAACUCACCAUAAUUAUGCUUUGUCUUGCCAAAUAUCGCCUCAAAACAAAUCACCCUUCUUGUCAAUAGCACUAUAUUAUGAAUUGGGAAUGAGUGGUUCUGGGCAGAGCUUGCAGGAUCAGGUGCAAUGGCGGCCCAGUUUAUGAAGAAGGAAGGGCUUCCCUUCGCAACAAUGCUGAUGGUGGAGACCUGCGAGAUGUCGAUUACGAUUCUCGGAAAAGCCGCCAUGAAUGGAGGCCUGAAAACCCUAGUUUACAUCGUCUACUACAACUCCCUCGGCACUCUCAUCCUCCUCCCCUACUUCGUCUUCUUCCGGACUCGCAGAAGCCGACCUCUUCCGAUUACCUUCUCGAUUCUCGGCAGAUGCUUCAUCCUCGGCUUGCUAGGGAUUUGUUUGCUGCAGAUCCUUGCUUACACCGGGAUAAAGUACAGCUCUGCAACACUGGCUGCCGGAAUUGGAAACUUGAUGCCUGGAUUUACCUUUCUUCUUGCAGUCAUUUUCAGGAUGGAGAGGUUGGAUUUAAGAGAAGUUACGAGUCAGGCAAAAUCAUUGGGUACAGUAGUAGCAAUCACAGGGGCAAUGGUGAUGACUCUGUAUCAGGGGCCAAAGCUCUUUGGUUCUGCAACUUCUUCUUCUUCUCAUUCCCCACCACACCCAUAUCUAUUGUCACAAAACUCAACUUGGGUCUUCGGAGGCUUCCUCUUUACCUUCACUUGCCUUUUGUCAUCUGGAUGGAAUAUUCUUCAGACCGCUACGUUGAAGGGGUAUCCGGAGCAACUCACAGUAGUGUUCUUCUUUUGUCUCUUUGGAACCAUUCAAUGUGUCAUUUAUGGUGCAAUUUCAGAAAGAAGCAUUGAUGCAUGGGUGAUGCUUCCUAGCAUUGGAAUUAUAGCCAUCAUCUUCUCAGCUGUGUUUGGGACCGUGUUUAGAUCGAAUGUGAUAAGUUGGUGUUUGGAGAAGAAGGGUCCUCUCUAUGUGGCCACGUUCAAGCCCGUGGGAGUUAUUAUCGCAGCGAUCAUGGAGAUCCUUUUCCUCAGCUCUUCUCUUCAUUUGGGAAGUGUGGUCGGAGCGAUUGUCAGUUCCGCUGGGUUUUAUACCGUGCUGUGGGGACAAGCGAAAGAGAAGGCUGUACUCGCGCUCGAAGACAUUGAUGAUGAACAUGGAUCCGAAUCAUCAACGAAUAGAGCCCCUCUGUUGAGGUGAAAUAGCUUUUGAUGCUUGACAAAUUAAUGGAGGGACGAAUAAUGCAUUCAUAUUAUAUUUUUAUAGUAUAAGCUUAAUAAUAUGAUGCAAAGGUUGUGUAUAGUCUCCGAUUGUUUUUUUACAACAAUAAUGUUGAUGUAAUUUUGUAAUUAUUGGUGGAAUUAACUUCACCUUUUGUGUUUUUUGUCAUUUGUUUUCUAAGAUUAAGUGCUUGGCAUUUUAGUUUUGUUGCGCAAAAAGGGCCGUUAGUAACUUAACGACGACCCAGAAUUCGUAAAUUUCUGUAAAGUUGGGAAUAUUUUGCAUCACAGUGAAAUGUGAGAUUAUAUUUGAAAGACCGGAUAAAGUUGAAGCUAUUCU